UGCCAGAAGUUCAUUCUAAAUAUAUAUAACUCUUUCUUCCCCUGCCUUUUUUUUAAAAAUGACAAUGUCACCAGGUAUCCGUUACAGCACUGAUGUGAGUGUGGAUGAAGUGAAAGCCCUGGCUUCUUUAAUGACAUACAAGUGUGCAGUGGUUGAUGUGCCAUUUGGGGGUGCUAAAGCAGGUGUUAAGAUCAACCCCAAGAACUAUACAGAUAACGAAUUAGAAAAGAUCACACGGAGGUUCACUAUGGAGCUGGCAAAGAAGGGAUUUAUUGGUCCUGGCAUUGAUGUGCCUGCCCCAGACAUGAGCACGGGUGAGCGGGAGAUGUCCUGGAUCGCUGACACCUAUGCCAGCACCAUAGGACACUAUGAUAUCAAUGCACAUGCCUGUGUUACUGGUAAACCAAUCAGUCAAGGAGGUAUCCACGGGCGCAUCUCUGCUACUGGCCGUGGUGUUUUCCAUGGAAUUGAAAACUUCAUCAAUGAAGCUUCUUACAUGAGCAUUUUAGGAAUGACACCAGGGUUUGGUGAUAAGACAUUUGUUGUUCAGGGAUUUGGUAACGUGGGCCUGCACUCUAUGAGGUAUUUACAUCGUUUUGGUGCUAAAUGUGUUGGUGUUGGUGAAUCUGAUGGGAGCAUAUGGAAUCCAGACGGUAUUGACCCAAAGGAACUAGAAGAUUUCAAGUUGCAACAUGGAUCAAUUCUGGGCUUCCCCAAAGCAAAGGUCUAUGAAGGAAGCAUUUUGGAGGCUGACUGUGACAUCCUAAUCCCUGCAGCCAGCGAGAAGCAGUUGACCAAGUCCAAUGCACCCAAAGUCAAAGCCAAGAUCAUUGCCGAAGGAGCCAAUGGACCAACCACUCCAGAGGCUGAUAAGAUCUUCCUGGAAAGGAACAUCAUGGUUAUUCCGGAUCUCUACUUAAAUGCUGGAGGAGUGACAGUGUCUUACUUUGAGUGGCUGAAGAAUCUAAAUCAUGUCAGCUAUGGCCGAUUGACCUUCAAAUACGAAAGGGACUCUAAUUACCACUUGCUCAUGUCUGUUCAAGAGAGUUUAGAGAGAAAAUUUGGAAAGCAUGGUGGAACUAUUCCUGUGGUCCCUACAGCAGAGUUCCAAGACAGGAUAUCGGGUGCCUCUGAGAAAGACAUUGUGCACUCUGGCUUGGCCUACACCAUGGAGAGAUCUGCCAGGCAAAUUAUGCGCACAGCCAUGAAGUAUAACCUGGGAUUGGACCUAAGAACAGCUGCCUAUGUCAAUGCCAUUGAGAAAGUCUUCAAGGUGUACAACGAAGCUGGCGUGACCUUCACAUAGACAGGUCACCACUAACUUCUUUACCACCCACUUCACCUAUAACUUCUGCAGACCUGUCACAAGUUUACAUGUAACCACAGAAAUCUGUUCUUGUGACUCAUUAGCUAAUGGACACUGUUCUCAGCAAGUCAGUCUGAAUCAGCCCCUUAAGAGAGAUUAGGUUAGAGGAUCAUGUACAAGCUGAUGUGUAAAAGUAGGAAUCACGUGUAUCAGAAAGCCGGUUAGGUACUUUUUCUACAUAAAGUCCCUGCCUGCCUCCUGGCUGUGCUGCCUUGUUCUAGGCCCUUCCCAACAGGGUCAGUGCUGUUGCCAGGGAAGGCAGUCAAGAGCACUCAGCCACUUCUGGACAAGUCUGGGAACUUGGACACAUAAAAGAAUAGGUGUGUGGCAUUUUCCAAAGGUGGCAUGGUCCUUAAAUGAGUUAUUGCUAUUUUACAUCUACAAAAUAACUCAGUUUUCUAAGUUGCAAACAAAAAUAAAAGCUAUUUCUCUUAUGUAUUUUAUUCUUUCAGAAUAAAAUUAGUACAUGCUGCUGUAAUAAAAUUGCCUUUAAUCACUUAAGCCUAACCUUGACUCAAGCAGUGAAUGCCUAAAAACAUAAUCAAUGGAAGAAGCUAGUUUUUUACAGCAUAAAACAGAAUCAUUUAUAUAGCUUAUUGGCACUGCAUUGCUGUCCAGGAAAAACAAAGUGGCACUAUGGAAGCACUCUCCUCAUACCUGCAAGUGACAGGGACUCUGGGGAAUUUGUAGCACAGUCCAGGGAGAGCAAUAACCUAUUUACCAUGAAAAUGACUUGUUCCUCCCAUCUGAAGAUCUAUUGUGUUGAGUAAUUGAACCAUAAUUCAAAUAGUGUCCCAGAAAAAAACCUUUGGGCUCCCUGUUUGGAGUCUGGCUGGCUCCAAGCACAGCCAGUGGCCCUCAAUUGACUGUAUGCCCCUUCUUCUGAGGCUUUGCAUUCUGCAUACCGCUUCACUAACAGCAGGCUGGUGACUGCCUGGAGUUGACUUUUGUUUGGGGAGUCAUUGGCCAGGGCUUUUGAACAGGAGUGUUCCACAGAAGUACCAGAUAUUAUUUAUAUGAGAAUGAGUGCUUUUUUUUUUUAACAAUAUCCUUUCAGAAAUUUCUAACUACUUUGUAACUGCAUGAUUAACUUGGUGAUAAAAGCAGUUAUUAAAAGUCUACCUUUUCCAAAGA